AUGACAAGACCGUUCCUCUGGUCGUUCGCCAUACUUGCUUCCGCCCUACACGCGUCAGCCGCAAUCGGACCCAAGGCCGAUCUUCACAUCACCAAUGGCGACAUUGCGCCGGAUGGCUACACACGCGCCGCCGUUCUAGCCGGUGGAACAUUUCCCGGAGCCCUGAUCACUGGCCAGAAGGGUGACCGCUUUCAGAUCAACGUCAUCAACGAGCUCACAAACCACACCAUGCUGAAGUCUACCAGUAUUCACUGGCAUGGUAUCGACCAGCGUCAUCAGAACGCGUUUGACGGGACGGCGUUCGUCACACAAUGUCCGAUCGCCUCUGGCGACUCGUUCCUCUACGAUUUUACCGUACCAGACCAAGCAGGGACAUUCUGGUACCACAGCCACCUAGGAACGCAGUACUGCGACGGACUGAGGGGAGGUUUUAUUGUGUACGAUCCUGAAGAUCCUCAUGCUUGGCUGUAUGAUGUCGAUGAUGAGAGCACAGUUGUCACACUUGCGGAUUGGCAACAUUUGACAGCAAGCCUCGAUCAAUUAUUUCCGAAACAGAAUGCGACCCUCAUCAACGGCCUAGGCCGCUCCACUGCCACUCCUAACGCCGAACUCACCACCAUUACUGUUCAGAGGGGCAAGCGGUACCGCUUCCGGAUCAUUUCCAUAUCGUGUGAUGCCCACCACGUCUUCAGCAUUGACAUGCACCACUUGAUGAUCAUCGAGGCCGAUGCUCAUAACACCCUCCCACACAUUGUCAACUCUAUAGACUUCUUCGCUGGACAGCGUUAUUCUGUAGUUCUGGAUGCCAACCAGGAGGUCGGUAACUACUGGAUCCGCGCCAACCCUAACAAGGGAACUAUCGGAUUUGAGAACGGGUACAACUCGGCGAUCCUGCGAUACGAAGGAGCACCAGAAGAGGAACCCACGACUGCAUUGGAGGUGGGGAACGCCCUGCAUGAGGCGGACCUACGCCCACUCGUCCCGCAGCCGGCGCCCGGAUUGCCUUUCGCGGGUGGUGUCGAUUUGGCACUCAACUUCGUGGCCACAUCCCUGAAUAAUAAGUUCUACAUCAACAACGCUACUUUCAACCCGCCGACUGUUCCUGUUCUCCUUCAGCUCAUAAGCGGUGCGAAGACAGUGAACGAGCUCAUGCCUGCAAGCUCCAUCUACUCCCUCCCUCCCAAUGCUACCAUUGAGAUUUCUCUUCCGGUGGGGAUGACGGGUCAAAUUGGCGCCCCCCACCCUUGGCACUUGCAUGGACACUCUUUCGCAGUGGUUCGCAGUGCCAACAGCACGGAUUACAACUACGCGAACCCGCUCUGGCGCGAUGUCGCCAGUCAAGGUUCGUUCUACGAUUCCGACAACGUGACCAUCCGCUUUAGAACGGACAACCCGGGCCCAUGGUUCCUCCACUGUCAUAUUGACUACCAUCUCGCUCUGGGCUUUGCUGUCGUUAUGGCCGAAGAUAUUCCCGAUGCUAUAGCGAACAACCCCGUACCCCAGGCUUGGGAGGACCUUUGUCCCGCUUAUAAUGACCUGAGUGAACAAGAUCUGUGA